AUGGCGGAGCCGCCGCCCGGAGCCGCCGCACCGCGGGGCCGCGGCCGGGCCUGGGAGCGCGGCGGCUCCGCGCAGGACGGUGAGAACGGCACGGAGCCCUCCGGCACCGCUCACAACGCUUCGAGCACGGAGCUCCCUGGACCCGCUUUGAACGGUUCGGGCACGGAUGCCCCCGGCCCCAUUCACAACGGUUCGGACACGGAGCCUCCCGGUCCUAAUGAGGACGGGCCGGGCACGGAGCCCCCCAGCCCCGCUCACAACGGUUCGGACACGGAGCCCCCCAGCCCCGCCGAGGACGGGCCGGGCACGGAGCCCCCCAGCCCUGAGGAGGACGCGGCUCCCCCGCUGGGGCCGGAGCUGUCGCUGGUGCCGCCGGAGCUCCGCGCGCGGCUGCUGGACCGGCGGGACUACCGGGGCCGUGCCCAGGCCGUGGAGCAGCUGCGGCGGGCGGUGGAGGGCUGCAGCCCGGCCGCGCUGAGCGCCGCGCCCGCCGCCGCCCUGCUGGGGCUGAUCGCGCUGCUGGACGCGCUGCUGCACGACCCCAACUUCGCGGUGGCGCGGGGCGCGCUGGAGGUGACCCGGCUGCUGGCGCUGCGCCUCGGCCGCCGCGUCCCCGCCGUGCUGGCCCCGCUGGUGUGCGCGGCCGCCCGGGCGCUGGGGGACGCGCAGCCGGCCAUGCGGCGGGACAGCGGGCGGCUGCUGCUGCGGCUGAUGGCGGCGGCCGGCCCGCGGCCCGUGCUGCGCCUGCUGCUGCAGGAGCGGCUGCUGCGGCACCGCAGCGCCCGGCUCCGCGAGGAGCUGCUCAACACGUGCAUCGCCGCGCUGCUCACCUACCCCGCCGCCCAGCUGGACCUGCCCCAGCUGGCGGCCGCCCUGGCCCCGGCGCUGCUGGACGCCAAGCGCAGGGUCCGGCACGCUGCCAUGGAGGCGCUGGCCGCGCUGGGCUCGGCCCUGGGCCCCGGCAACAACGGCGCGCUGCUCCGAGCCCUGGAGGCGGUGGAGCUGCGGGCCGGCGGAGCGGGGGUCGUGCACGCCGUGCAGGCCCGGCUGGCCAGGAAGGUGCUGCCCCGGCUGGGCGAGCAGGGACUCGUGGAGUACGGAGUGCCCUCGCCCUCCUCCGGGCACUGCCGCGGGCCGUGCCAGCCGCCCGGAGCCGACACCGAGUGGCUGCUGAUGGGCAGCAGGAGCCGGAGCGCCCACGGGCACUGCGGGCACCCCGCCUGUGCCCAGCGCCGAGCCAGCCCCAGGAGAGUCCUGAGCGCCGGCAGAGGCAAAAACAAGCUGCCCUGGGAGAACGAGCCGGCUGCGGACAGGGAAGGUGGCUCGGGGGUGAGGAUGCCCGUCACGAAGGGUGUGGAGCAGCUGGCUGCAUCCAGUGAUUUCCCUCACUCCCCGAAGCUCCGUCCCUCGCAGGGAAUCGCGGGCAGUGAGGAGCUGUUUCUCAGCAGGAGCAGAGCUUGCAGGCCUUCACUGCAGCCCAGUGUGGAGCUGAACCUGGAGCAUUCUGUGCUCGCUGCUGGUGCUCUGGGCUCUCAUCAGCCCCAGAUUUCAGGGAAAUGUGGGACACUUGGACACCCACAGGCACGUGGGAAGAGUGGCAGUGUGGGCUCUGAUUUGCAGUUUUUGGGAUUAAAUAACUGUCAGCAGGACAAAGUUUGUUCCAGCCUCAGUUUUCCCAGCAAGACCCAGAGGAGUUUUUGCACUCAGGCAGAGCCCACCACGUCCUUCCAAGGACCCAGUGCCAGCCAGGGCACCUUCAUCCUGCCCUCCUUCCCCCUGUCAUCCCCCAGGAACAGCCCCAAGCAGCUCUCUGCUCCUGCUGCCUCUCCAGGGAAGUCCCAGGAGGAUCCCAGGAGCCUCUCCAGCUCCUGGCCCCUCAAAAGCUUCGAGGGGCUGCCUAAGCCUGGUUGCCAGAGGCAGCUGCUCAGCCAAAAGCCAGGAGACAGCACAGGAGACAGCCCGCUGGAGAAGCAUUCCCUGCAGCUGGAGAAGCCCCCCCUGCAGCUGGAGAAGCAUUCUCUGCAGCUGCUGGAGAAGCAUUCCCUGCAGCUGGAGAAGCCCCCCCUGCAGCUGAGGGCUGGCCUGGGCAGGGUCUCGGGGCUGCGGGGGUCCCGGCCCGUGCCCCCCAUCCCGCGCCUGCCCCGGGAGGGCAGCGAGGGCGCGGAGCUGCAGCUGGAGCCUGAGGAGGUGGACCAGGAAGAGAUGCAGAAUUCCCUGCGCUCCCUGCGGAACAGCGCAGCCAAGAAGAGGGCAAAGCUGAGCAGCAGCAUCGCCGACCUGGAGAGCCCCGACUCGGGGGUGAAACUGGAAUUUUCCGGGGACUGCUCCUCCCAGGGCUCCUCCCCCGGAGCCGCUUCCACCGGCGAGAGCGGAAUUUCCAGCCAGGAAUCGCCGGGCUCCCCCGUGGGCACGCUGCCCCCCAGGAGGAGAGUGAUGUCAGACACUUUUCCAGCACUUGGCAGCAAAUCCCACCCUGCAAAAGUAUCUCCAGCAAGGCCCAGAGACGCAGAGGGGGCAGAGCAUCACCCCAGCACAGGCCCUGCAGAGUCAGUGCCUGGUUUUGCAGCGAAGAACGAUCUGGGGUUCACACCUGAAGACGUCGUUGCUGUUGUUGGUAAAGGUGUUUUUGGGAGCGCUCCUGCCCCAGCUCCCAGCCAGUCCAUGCCCUGUGUGGCCAAUGGGGACAGCCAGGCUGCCAGGGAGGGAGCAGAGCCAGCCCCAGGGAGAAGCUUCCAGCAGAACAGCACUUCCCAUUCCCACUGCCAUGCAGGGAAUGAAAGAGAGAUAAAAGUGACCUUGUCAAAAUCUGCUCAGGAGAAGCUGAGGAGGAAAAGGAAAGAAGACAGAGAACACAACCAUAAUGAACAGGAAAGCAAAGACUUGGAAGGGAAGGAAGAAUUCCCUUGGGAAAGGAUUAGACUGAGUAUGAGUGAACCAGACAAACUCACAGCAGAAAGGUUUAAUCUCUGUGGAGAUUUACUGACAUCGCCAAGAAAUGGAUCUUUGUCCUUAGAAAAUGUGGCCUUGAACCCUUCCCUGAAAAGAACAUCCAGUUUGAAGAGAUCAAAGUGUUCAUCCUUGCUAGAUUCUGAGGAGCCGUGCCCGGCGCCGCGGGGCCGCUGCCGGGAGCCGCCGGUGCCGCCGAGCCCCGAGGUGCUGGACCCCGCCGAGCUGCAGCCCUUCCCCAGGCCCGAGGCAGCGCUGGCAGAGGCACUGGCACUGCUGGCUGACCACGACUGGGAGAAGAAAAUUGAAGGUCUGAACUUUGUCAGGUGCUUGUCUGCCUACCAUGCCCCUAUUCUGACUGCAAAGCUCCAUGAAACAACUCUGGCUGUGGCUCAAGAGGUCAAGAAUUUACGCUCAGGUGUUUCUCGAGCUGCUGUGGUCUGUUUAGGGGAUUUGUUCACCCACCUGAAAAAGAGCAUGGAUCAAGAACUAGAUAAUGCAGUAAAAGUCCUUUUGCACAAAGCUGGGGAAUCCAACACUUUUAUAAGGGAAGAGGUAGACAAGGCACUGAAGGCCAUGGUUAAUAAUGUGACUCCAGCACGUGCACUUUGUUCUCUUAUAAAUGGAGGGCAAAGCCACCUGCACUCAGCCGUGAGGAGAUGCACGGCGCAGCACCUGGGGGACGCGGUGCAGCGCCUGGGCCCCGAGCGCAUCCUGGGGGGAGCCAGGCCCGCGGCCGAGCGGCUGCUCCCCGCCAUCGCCAGGUUCACCCAGGACAGCUCCCAGCAAACACGGUACUACGGGCGGAGGAUGCUCUUCAGCAUGAUGGCUCAUCCUGACUUGGAUAAAACCCUGGAGAAGUUUGUGCCAGCCAAGGAUUUGCCUUACAUUAAGGAAACUGUUGGCACUCUGCGAGAGAAGGGCCUGGGGGAGAUGCCCUUGGAUACACCCUCAGCCAAAGGAAGGCGUUCUCAGACUGGAAAUGUUGGACAUUUGAGGUCAUCCUCUACUUGCAGAGAUGCUCCCAUCAUCCCAGACAGGGACGGCACGGAGGCCCAGGAAGCCCCAAGGAGAGCAGCUCCUCGCAGUGCCCUGGAGAGUGAGGAGUAUGUCAGGGACAUUGUGGGGUUACUGAACGCCAAAGAUUUCCGGGAGCGCAUCAGCGGCGUCCGGCGGCUGCUGCUGGACACGGAGAGCAGCCCAGCCCUGGUGCUCGCCAACGUCGUCAGGAUCUUUGACGCUUUCAAGCCUCGCUUACAUGACUCCAACAGCAAAGUGAACCAGGCAGCUUUGGAGACCAUGCACAAGAUGAUUCCACUGCUCAAAGACAAUUUAUCACCUGUGAUCAACAUGUUAAUUCCUGCCAUAGUGGACAACAACCUCAACUCCAAAAAUCCAGGGAUUUAUGCAGCUGCCACAAACGUUGUCCAGGCCCUAUGUCAACACUUAGACACCUCCCUGCUGCUGCAGCCAUUCUGCACAAAAGCCCAGUUCCUGAGUGGAAAAGCAAAGCAGGACCUGACAGAAAAGCUGGCUGAGCUGGUGCCGGAGCUGUACCCACGGAAGCCCUGUGCUGUGGAGCAGAAGGUGCUGCCCGUGCUGUGGCACCUGCUGGGCCCGGCCAGCGGCGGCUCCGUGCCCGGGCCCCGCACGGCCGCGGCCAGCCUGGCCCGGGCCCUGUGGGCACAGAUGGGCCCCGGCCUGCUCGCCCACGCCGCGGCCCAGCCCCCGCACAUCGGCAAGAGCCUGGAGGAGCUUUUGGAGAUGUAAAAUCGCCGCUCCUGCAGAGGCUCCAGCCCAGGACGUGUCCCUGGAUUGCUCAUGAAGAACCACACGGUCACAUCAGCAAUGUGCUUUACGUGGAAAAGUGGAAGAGGAUCCCGGACACAGUGAUGCAGUGCUAUUUGUGAAAAACAUGUAUUUUUAUACCCCCACAGGCAGUGGUGCAGUAUUUGUUGUCUCAGAGCUUGGCAGUGAGGAGAAUGAGCUCUGACCCUUCUCCUUCCCCAGCUGCAGGCUCUGGACACACUGGACAUGGGACACAA